AGUUUUUGGAUAAGACGCCUGCGCACAAGGCGGGGCCACGCCCCCACGUCCCCGGGACCCCUGGGUAAUGGAGUUUCCGGGGGUGGCGCGAGGCCUGGGUCACUUCAGCGGAAGCCAUCCGGCGCGGGGCCCCGGCGGCCCGGGUGAGGACGGGCCUGAGCCGAAUCUGAGGAUGUUUGAGGUGUUCCGGAAGCCCAAGACGUUCAAGCUGCGGGGCCUGCACAGCCAGAAGAAGUUUGGGGUGGCCGGGAGGAGCUGCCAGGAGGUGCUGCGGAAGGGGUGCCUCCACUUGCAGCUCCCCGUUGCUGGCUCCCACCUGUGCCUCUAUGAAGAUGGCACGGAACUGACUGAAGAUUACUUCCGGAGCGUCCCUGACAACUCAGAGCUCCUGCUCCUCACUUCGGGCCAGACCUGGCAUGGCUAUGUGAGUGACAUCAGUCGCUUCCUCGGUGUGUUCCACAAGCCGCACGUGGGGGUCAUCCAGGCCGCCCGGCAGCUGCUCUCUGGCGAGCAGGCCCCGCUGCGGCAGAAGCUCCUGGCCGACCUCCUGCACACCGUCAGCGGGAACAUUGAGGCUGAGACCCGGGCCGAGGACCCCCCAUGGUUCGAAGGUUUGGAGUCCCGGUUCAGGAGUAAGUCUAGCUACCUGAGAUACAGCUGUGAGAGCCGCAUCCGGAGCUACCUGAGAGAGGUGAGCUCCUAUGCCUCCGUGGUGGACGCGGAAGCUCAGGAGAAGUACCUGCGAGUUGUUGGCGCCAUGGGCCGGAAACUCAGGGCAGUGAAGUUCAACGGCAGCUACUUUGACAGAGGGGCGCAGGUGGGCAUCCGGCUCUGCACGCCCGAAGGCUGGUUCUCCUGCCAGGGUCCUUUCGAUGUGGACGACUGUGCUUCCAGACACUCCAUCAACCCCUACAGCAACAGGGAGGGACGGGUCCUCUUCAGCACGUGGAAUCUGGACCACAUGAUAGAAAAGAAACGCUGCAUCGUGCCCACCCUGGCAGAGGCAGUUAAGGAGCAGGGAGGGGGGGAAGUAAACUGGGAGUAUUUUUACAGCCUGCUUUUCACCUCUGAGAACCUCAAGCUAGUACACAUCGCCUGCCACAAGAAAACUGCCCACAGACUCAGCUGCGACCCCAGCAGGAUCUACAGACCCUGCGCAAAGCGGAAGCGGUCCACCUGACCAGGCACGUGCCCACGCAUGAGGCUGGCUUUCCUUGGUGCCUGGCUUCAGCAGGUGCUUUUUCUCACUCCAACAGUUCCUGCAAAAACUUUAAAAACACCCUACAAAUGCUGAUUUCAGCACAUUUCUGAAUCUGUUUUCGGGGCAUCUGAGAGCCCAGCUGCCGGAGGACAAGUUGGGAGAUGAUGCCUGGGGGGGAGGAGCACUGUCCCGGUGCUCGGGGGUCCUCCCCUCCUGUGGUGGUGCCACUGGUGUGUGUCCUCAUGGAGCAUGAAGGGUGUCACGGCCGCGCUUGGCCACUCGUGCUCAAGGGUGAGCUGGCUGUGCGUCUGCCCUCCAUUCCCGGGGUUCAAGGACAGUGCCCAGUGCUCCAGAGAGCGGUGACCCUCCUGAGAUGAAAUGGUGCACUCUGCAGGGAAAGGACAGGGAUAUUCGCCGUGGAAUUGUUUCUUAUGACAAAAAGUAGCAAGUUUUCCAAAUGUCUGCCGGGAGGGGAAUGGCUGAUUGUAGCAUCUGCUUAACUGCAUGAAAUCGCUGUUUUUGAGGGUCAGAAAUGGUCAGGUAGCACCAAUUUCACGACUCAGCCUCACUCAUCUCCAAUGCAGAACUGUGUAGUGACUUCCAGCGUUUACAUCCAGAAAUGGAGGUUGUCAAAUGCACAAAGCCAGUGGCUCAGCUCUGCAGGGAAUUGUUGGUUUUUUGAGAAGCCAUGGGUGUAUGUCACAUGUGUUAGUACACAGUCCACAGGGACACACACUGUCUGGACAGCAGUAAUCCUGGGGGACAGGAUGGGGUGUGACUGGAUGACAAAGGGCUAAUUUUCUAAAUCGUGUUUUAUAAUACUUGAAGUUUCUGAAAUGAGCAUUUUAUAAUUUUUAAAUGUCCUUUUAAAAAUCACUAUUUGUAAUGUUUGAGUUUUUACAGUAUUGUGUAAUAAAAAGCAAUAAAGAUUUUUCAAAAAUU